UGGUACGGUGCGCCAUUCUUUUGAACCAAAGCCAAAGAGCCAGCUCACCCCCUUGACCGUGUCAAUCAAUGUCACCGAAAGCCAAAGCCUAGGCAAACGAAGGGAAUCAAAAUCAUUAAAAAAGAGAUAUCAUUACUCUUUUGGGUUUGAUUUGACGGUAAUCAACUUGUCCAUUCGGAGUUUGGACUAUUUGUUAAAUAUCUGCCUGCAAUUUCCUAAGUGGAUGGUGUUGAGGCAUUAAAGAAUCAAUAUUAUCAGCUCCUGUUUAGUCACUGAAGUUCAAACUAACAACAAAUGGGUCGUGGGGUUAGUAGUGGUGGUGGUGAGAGUUCUUUGGGAUAUCUCUUUGGAGGUGGGGAGAAUCCUGACAAAGCCCCAGCUGCACCUGUUCAAGUUCCACCAGUUCAAGCUCAGCCUACAAAUGAGGGGCGUUCACAAAAUGCAGCUGCUGCAUCACCAACUGAGAAGCAAAUUCCUGCUGGAGUGCCUGGGCAUCUUACAAACAAUUACCAUCGUGCUGAAGGGCAAAACUGUGGCAAUUUCAUCACGGAUCGACCAUCAACCAAGGUUCAUGCUGCCCCAGGUGGUGGAUCUUCCCUGGAUUACCUUUUUGGUGGUCCUCCUCCUGGAGAGAAAUGAAUGAUUCAUUUGUAUGAGUAAAGGCUUUACACUAGCUCUUGAUGCAUGCAAUCUGUCCUAGCGUCUAUCUUACAUUUAACAGUGGGAUUAUCUGUUCCUUGUGCUGUUGAUCCAGUUCCCCUGACAAUGUUAUUCUGCAUGAUUGACCAAAAUAUGUUGAUUUAAAGGCUUGGUACUUUGGUUUGAUUCUCUCUUUAGAUUUUGUAUCACUGAAUUGGUCGAAAUGUGACCAUGCUUGAGUUAGAUUUGGUCCAUAAUUCAUCCCCUUGUUCAA